GCAUUCCUCGUACGUUUCACACCCUCCGUCCCUCUCUCUCUCUCUCUCUCUCUCUCUCUAUAUAUAUCAUUGCUUCUCUAUAUAUACACAGACAAUACACGGAUAUAGUCUGAAAGUACAUUGGAAAUGGCGUCGGAGUUUGAGAAGAAGGAGGAGGUGUUUGGUGCCGAAGCUGCUACUUCGCUGGUGAAGGAGCUGAGAGGCACGUUCACGUCUCAGAAGACGAGGAGCUACGAAUGGAGAGUCUCUCAAUUGAAGUCUCUCUUGAAAUUAACGAAUGAUCACGAGAAAGAAAUCACCAACGCUCUUCGUCCCGAUCUAUCCAAACCUGUAUUCGAAUCCUACGUCUAUGAGAUUGCUCUAGUAAAGUCCUCAUGUGAAUUCAUGUUAAAAGAACUUAAGCAUUGGAUGAUUCCAGACAAGGUUAAAACCUCAAUAGCCGCUUUUCCAUCAUCUGCAGAACUAGUGCCAGAACCGUUAGGUGUUGUAUUGGUGAUAUCAGCGUGGAAUUAUCCUUUCCUGUUAUCUCUUGAUCCAGUCAUUGGAGCUAUUGCAGCUGGCAAUGCUGUGGUUUUGAAACCAUCAGAAAUUUCUCCCGCCACAUCCUCACUGCUUGCCAAAUUGUUAGGGGAAUAUAUGGAUAACUCUGCAGUAAAAGUUGUUGAGGGGGCUGUUCCUGAAACAUCUGCCCUGCUAGAGCAAAAGUGGGAUAAAAUAUUUUAUACAGGCAAUGGAAAAGUGGGGCGCAUUGUGUUGGCUGCUGCCGCAAGGCACCUUACACCAGUAGCAUUGGAGCUUGGAGGAAAAUGUCCUGUUUUUGUUGAUUCCAACAUAAAUUUGAAAGUCACAGCAAGGCGAAUUAUCACAGGCAAAUGGGGAUUAAAUAAUGGACAAGCUUGUGUUGCUGCUGAUCACAUUAUAACAACAAAAGAUUUUGCUCCAAAGUUGAUAGAUGCUCUGAAACUUGAGUUAGAGAAGUUCUAUGGAAGUGAUUCAUUGAUAUCCGAAGACUUGUCUCGCAUUGUGAGUCCCAACCACUUUGCUCGCUUAAUAAAGCUCUUGGACGACGAUAAGGUUUCUGGUAAUAUAGUUUAUGGAGGUCAAAGGGACGAAAUCAACCUGAAAAUUGCUCCCACCAUUUUGCUGGAUGCCCCAGAAGAAUCUCUUAUCAUGAAUGAGGAGAUAUUUGGCCCUUUGCUUCCCAUUGUCACGGUUGGCAGUCUGGAAGACAGUUUUAACAAUAUGAACUCCAAAGAAAAGCCACUUGCAGCAUAUUUAUUCACCAACAACAAGAAGCUCAAGGAGGAGUUUGUGAAAAAUGUCUCUGCUGGGGGUUUGCUCAUCAAUGAUAUAGCUUUACAUCUUACAAACCCCUACUUACCAUUUGGAGGAGUUGGAGAAAGCGGAAUGGAUUCAUACCAUGGCAGAUUCUCUUUUGAUACUUUUACCCAUAAGAAGGCAGUCCUCUACCGAGGUUUUAUUGGUGAUGUAUCUGCAAGGUACCCUCCGUACACACCAAGGAAGCUAAGAUUACUAAAGGCUCUGCUGAGUGUCAAUUUCAUGGGCAUUAUUCGUGCUUUACUUGGGUCAUCAAAUUAGUUUUUGAGGUAUUCCCCAAUAGCAAUACACAUGUAUAAUAUGUCAUCUAUACCAAUCUAUCUCUCUAUCCUAUGACGAGUUUCUGAUUCUGAUCAUCUGAUAGAGAAGUGAUUUGGGACAAAAGUACAGCGGAGAUGGGGACGGAGGAUCCUGUCCCCAUUUAUACAGGCUUCCAAGGUUUAGAUAAUCAUGUUUUGUGGCAUUGCCUAUUGUGAUUUUUCUUCAGUUCUUUGUUCUGUUCUUUAAAACUCGACGUUUUCAAGAGUUGGCGUUUAUUGUUACUCACAGCAUUGUCCCUAUUUUGAUACAAAUUUGUUUUAUACUACUAAAUGAAAUUAUUUUGUGUAACUUUGUGAAUU